CUUGUUUCCUGUCACAUGCACCCACGUGCUCAAUCACUUUGAAUCCAAGUCAGCUGCUGCCACGUCCGGCCUGAACAUCCAGAGUCGAGUCGGGCUCCAGGCAGCAGCCGGCGACACGUGGAGCCGACAUCAGCAGGAAGAAACUACCGACAGCAGCAAGAAAAGAGGGAAACCUGCUGCCUGAGUGAAGAGGACACUAAAAACCAUAAUUUCAGGCCUGUCCUUUCUGAGAGGAUGUUUCGGGCACUUUGAGUAGAGGAGGCCUGAGGCUGAGUGGCGUCAACAGGACAGAGCAGAGGUUCUGUCAGCCUGAGAACAUGCUAAUGAGCAUCCGGACCAGCGCUUUCUUCUCCUCCAGCUUUUUAUGAGCGUCUGUUUGGCUCGCUGCAUACAAAACAGCAGCUCUGUGACCCUCCAUCUUCUUUCGUUGCUCCAACUCUCCUUCCAGCAUCAGGAAUUCCCUCACUUUAGAUCUCAGCUCCUGCUCUGCCACCUCGCCUUUGCCCUCAACAUCUGACAGCGUUGCCUGGAAAAGGAGGCACAGGCCUCUGUCUGGACGUAGCUAUGGUGACUGACAUCCUCCACUGCUUUGGUUAAUGAACACUCAGGUUCAGCUGGCUCCAAAGAUGAUGAGGAUGAACACCUGACCCAGCUGUUGAAAGAAGAGGAAGCAGAAAUCUCGAGCAAGAUUUUAGCAUUAAGGAAAGAGAUGAUCAAAGCUCUUGUCCCCACUGACCCUCUUGACUCGAGUAAUAUUCUGCUGGAGGUAGUAUCAGGACGAACGACGGGAGGUGACAUCUGUCAGCAGUUCACCAGAGAAAUGUUUGACAUGUACCAGGGUUUUGCCUAUUACAAAAAUUGGGACUUUGAGGUUUUGAACUACACACCUGCCGAGUACGGUGGUUUGCACCAUGCAGCUGUGAGAAUCGCUGGAGAGAACGUGUACAGACAUCUGAAGCAUGAAGGAGGAACACACCGGGUGCAGAGGAUCCCUGAGGUUGGCCUCUCCUCCAGGAUGCAGCGCAUCCACACGGGAACCAUGACUGUCAUCAUCCUGCCUCAGCCAGUGGAGUUUGACGUUCACAUUGAUCCAAAAGAUCUUCGCAUCGACACGUUCAGAUCUCGAGGCGCUGGGGGCCAAAGUGUCAACACAACAGACAGUGCAGUGCGGAUAGUUCAUCUUCCUACAGGUAUAACUGCUGAGUGUCAGCAGACUCGCUCUCAGCUGCAAAACAGAGACACGGCCAUGCGUGUGCUGAGGGCCAGACUCUACCAGGGCAUGAUGGGAAAAGAGGUCGAGCAGAGGGAUACGGCACGAAAGCAGCAGGUGGGCUCACGCUCUCAGUCGGAGAGGAUUCGUACCUACAACUUCAGCCAGGAUCGUGUCACAGAUCACCGCACUGGAUACGUCACCAGAGAUAUCAAGGAGUUCAUGAAAGGAGGAGAAGCUCUCGAUGAUCUGAUCUCUGAUGUGCAUGAACACACCGAGAGGGAGGCUGUGAUGGAGGCGGUGGAGAGCAGCGUCCGUCUGAAACGACCAGAUUCUGGACGAUCUGGAGAGUAACAGCCACCGCAACUUACCAAACAUACAGCACAUUAUUUGGUGACUAGACACCUGACAACAUUAAUGGUGCAAUUGUGUAUUAGCCAUACUGUAAAUGGUGCAAUGUAAGACAACCUGCAGACAUAUUUAAGAGGUUUUAUUUUUGUAAUAAAACUUAACUUCUA